CGCGUACCCUCCAGAACCCAUCACCUCCACUAACGACUGUUGAUCACUAGACGGAGUUACACUACAAGUUUCUUUUCGUUUCCACUACUCCAGACUUUGGCUUCAUCAUCAACAAGAAGGAAAAAAAACCCAAAUCAACAAACGUAUUUAGGACAACGACAAGAACAACCCUUGACACAACCACACACUCUUCCCAAUACCACCAACUACCUGGCUACACACGGCGCUACCAUCCCAAACACCAUUCUAUAGUUCAUCAUAUCAACUUUAACGAUGGCUAAACAAAAAGCUACGGUUAUUGCUGAGAGCAUCAACUCACCGGCUUCCACAACAUCUUCAAUAGAGAGCUCAGCGGCAACUCCAGCUAGUUCAUCAAGCGGUUCAGCAGGCGCUUUCAGAAACCCACACGACAAGAAAGGUCGUUCCACUUCAUGUCUACUUUGUCAAAAAAGAAAACAAAAAUGUGAUCAUAGAUUGCCUUCAUGUACAACUUGUAUCAAAGCUGGUGUUAAAUGUAUCCAGCCCGCAAAAUAUAAUGUUAAAGUCCCUGAAAAGGAUGAAUAUACUAUAAUGCUGGAGAAGAAAAUCAAAUUUUUAGAGAAAAUUUUAGAUGCAAAUAAUAUUGUUAUUGAUGCUGAAAAUGGUACUUCAAAGAAAAACUUCAAGUAUAAGAAAUUAUCACCAUUCUUGGGGAAUAACCCACCUGGUUCAUCAACAAAUGAUUUCCCACCACAAUCACAACCAACAGUGGAUAAUAAAAUCAUACCCAUUCCAACAAAUAGAAAAUUACCUAUUCCUACUGAUGAACUUUCGAAAAAAUCUGCAUAUUUAUCAAUAGAUUCAACUGAUUAUUCAAAUUCAUUAUUUGCUAAAUAUAGUUUAAAAGAAUUUUUAAAUUUUGAUCCAGUUUUCGAAUUUGAUGAAAAAUUAUCAAGAGCUUUUCUAGAUAUUCAUUUUACAAGGUUACAAUUCAAAUAUCCAUUAUUAGAUGAAGAAGAGAUUUUCGAAUUUCAUAAUGCUUAUGUUACAAACAAUUUAUCAGGAUAUAUGAAUAAUAAUGAUUCUUUUCAUUAUUGUUGCUGCAGAAUGUGGAUGAUCUUUGCUAUAAGUUCUUGUUUACACAUGACAACUGGGAAAUAUAAUGGCCCUCCACCUGAUAGAUAUUUUGCAACCGCUAUAAGGCAUAUUACAAAAGUUUCACAAUUGAAUAAUUAUCAAAAAAUUGAAAUUUUAACAUUGGCUGUGCUUUAUUUGAUUAGAACUGAUAGAGAUUCUGUCUGUCUUUAUGAAAUCAUCAAGGAUUCUUUGAAAUUAUGUGUUGAAAUGGGAUUAAAUAAAGCUGCAACUUAUGCUACUUUGAAUGCUAAAGAAAGAGUCAUCAAAAUGAGAUUAUGGUGGUGUGUUUACUUACUGGAAAGAAUGAUUACCAUUGCAGUGGGGAAACCUUAUAGUUUACCAGAAAAUGAAGUUGAUAUAGAUUUACCAUUGUUUGAAUUUGAGCCAUCAAAGGCAAAACAUCCAAGUAAUACAAUCUUCAUUAAUCAAUCUAUUAAAUUAAGAAGAAUUGAGUCAAGAUUUGUGGAAAAAUUCAACAUUGUGGGGAAACAUGGUUCAGCAACUAAUGAUGAUUCUCAAACUAUUCAUAAAGAUCAAUUACCAUUAGUUGAAACUUUUUUCCAAGAAUUGGAAAUAUGGAGAGGUAAUUGUGAAGGGUUUUCAAAUGGUAUCGAAAAUGAGACCCUAAGAUUAUAUUAUUAUCGUUCAGUGCGUCUUUUAAUUCAACCAUUUUUAGAAUUAAUGGAUCCAAUGGAUAAAUUAUUUAGAGAAUGUCAAGCUGCUGCAGGUCAAAUUUGUCAAUUAUUUAAAGUUUUCCAUGAAAAGACAGUCUUUGGACAUUCAACUACUGCAAUUCAUACUGUUUUCGUUGCUGGUGUUACAUUAGUUUAUUGUUUAUGGUUGGCUAGAAAUAAAGAUGAUUUGAAAAGAAAAGCUCUUGGUGAUGUUUCAAAACAUACAAGACCAACAGUUUCUGAAGCUUUAUUCAAUGGAUUGAAUGAUUUAAGAGCGUGCUCUAUUUGUCUUUAUGUUAUGGCUGAACGUUCAAAAUUUGCAUUAAUCUUUAGAGAUACUUUUGAUCAAUUGAUGACUGCUACAAUCACAAACUUGAUUGAAAGAUGUGGUCCUGAUUCAAGUGAAUUGAUUUAUAACUCAAAUGAACCUGGUAUGCCACCAGCUAUUUUCAGAAGAUCAAUUCAUGAACAAAAUGGGUCCUUAGCUCCAACAAUGCCACAUUAUAAUAGUGCAAGUUCUGAUGAGGAAAAAUUCGAACAAGCUGAAAGAAAAAGAAAACAAGGUCAAUUACAGAAAAAUGUUGUUCCGAAAAGUUUAUCACAUUUAUUAAUCAAUUCACCACCUUUAAAAGCUGAAACUCCACCAAAUAUUCCAGUUUCUAGAACUCCACAAUCUAUGAUCCCUCAGCCACAACAACCAGCUUUGAAGAAACAAAAACUUGAUGAAGAUUUAACAUUUUCACCUUUGUCAUAUCCAGGUAUUUAUAACCAUCAAUCACCAAUAUCUCAACAGUCUCAAAUGUCUGGUCAUUCUGCACCAUUAUCCACUUCAUCUCAAACAUCUGCUUCUACCCAACAUCAACAAAACCUCCUACAACCUCAACAACAGCAACCUCAACAACAGCAACAAAAUGCUCAACAACAGCAAUAUUUCCCAGUGGAAUUCACACCAUUCAAUGGUCGUACAAACACAAUGAUUAAUAACAUUUCCGUAUGGACAGGAGAAAGUGGUGGACCACCAAUCAGUACAGCCUCAUUAUUUGAUUAUAAUAAUAAGAAUAAUCAAAGAAAUAUUAUAUUGAAUGGAUCGGGUUCAGUUGGAAAUCAUCAAAAUGGUAAUGGUUCAACAAAUUUAGAUAAUUAUCUAUGGAAUGUACCUGUUGAAGAAUUUUGGACAAAUAAUGAUGAUUAUGGAUUCUUGGCCUAGAACAAUUAGGACAUCAAACACUUUUAAUGAAUAACAGAAC